AUGGCAUUCUUCCUUCCCCAGACCGUCUACCAUAUCCAGGCUCCUCUGAACCCACUCUACCAUCUCCUCAGAGAACUCGACCAGUCAGUUCAGCAGCCCCAGCAGCCACAGCGAAAGCGCCAAUGCCAGCCUCAACAGAAGAGCCCUGUUCAGGCUCACUGCCCUGCCUAUCGGGUGAACAGCCGCCCAUGGGAGCCCCGCUUUGAGGCCCACGAGACGGAGGACUCCUUCGUUGUCUACGGCGAGCUCCCAGGCCUGAACAAGGACCACGUCACUGUCGAAUUCCCUGAGCCCUGCAAGCUUGUCGUUAGCGGCAAGGUUGAGCGAUUCACAGAAGCCCCCAAGGCAGCUGAAACUACCACUGAGAAGACUGCUCCCGCCCCGGCUAUCGAGUCAGACAACGAGGACACCCGAAGCAGGAGCUCUUACCAGGCCACCGUCGAGGACGAUGUCGAUGGUGACGACUUUGAGGUCUUGAGCCACACAUCAGAAAAGUCAGAGACCAUCAGCCAGCCAGAGCCUGAGACUCUCAGCGAGAAGGCCAAGGAGAAGCAGCCCGAGCAGCCUAAAGAGCCAAGACACUCUGGCUAUAUCAAGGAGUUCUCGCGCUACUUCACUUUCCCCACCUAUGUCAACCACGACGCGGUCACUGCCGAUCUCAAGGAUGGUCUCUUGACCAUAGUAGUUCCUAAGGCUACUCCCAAGUCUCAACGCAUCAUGAUCAACUGA